UCUAUCAUAGAAGAAAAAAUGGAUUUUGGAUCAAUCACAAUCCCUUGAAAAGGAGUCGUUCUUAUUAUUUCGAUGAUUAACCCUUGCAGUCACCUGCGGUGUUUACUGGAAGCUCUUCGACCUUAAUGGACAUUUAACUUAACUAAUCUUUGAUGACCGAAAUUGAAAAUAACUUGGGAAAGGAUCCAGUUAAAGAAACACAAUAGACACCCCAUGGAAUCAGAGAAGUAGUGGCGUAAAUGAAAGGAAAGCUGUAAUGUGAGUAACCUUUCUUUCGCAGAGCUCCAUCCACAGUGGAAUGCAGCACUGAGCUUCCAAAAUGUUGGCUAUAGCUCUAUUGAUCUUUGGAUUAGGACCUACAUGGACAUCAGCGCUUGAUAGUGGUAACGAAACCGACUCUAUUCACUCCACAAGUGUUACUAACGCAAGAGUCACGCCAACCAAGCAUGUUGGUAUUCCAUUAACGAGGUCUACCGCUGACCGAGAAUUUUACCUGGAUACGGUAGCUCCACGUACAAGAAACCAUCAAGAAAAGAAAAACCAAGAAAAACCUCUUGCUAGCAAUGGAUCACAGUCAGAUAAUUCAACUGAAGCCCUUCUACAAAUGAUUUUGAAUAAUAUCAAACUGAAAUCUGAUAGUAGGCUCAGACCUAAACUUGGAAGUAAGUACAGGUUGAUGCGAUACAUUGUUGUAACACAACUGUCAAAUUGUUAA